CGGCUUCGACGGCCCGUACUGCGCAUGCGCGGCUCCCUUCCCAGGGUCCUGGAAAUUGGGCAGCGGACCCUGGUGUUUGCGGAGUUGCUGGAGGCUUUCCGGGCAGCAGCAUUGGGAGGGAAGCUUCACUGGGGUGAAGGAUUCAGAACAACAUAAAAAAACCUGAUGCGAGCCCUCCAGAAAGCCCCUAGCAAGCUGAUUUUCCAGCUGUUCUCUAGUCUGACACCUCCUGCUUCUGCUAGAUCCCAGAUCUGCCUGUCAAUGUCUCGUCCAAGUUCAAAUAUGGCUGAUUUUCGGAAGCUUUUUGCCAAAGCAAAGCACAUCGUCAUCCUUUCAGGGGCUGGAGUUAGUGCGGAAAGCGGGGUUCCAACAUUCCGAGGUGCCGGGGGUUACUGGCGAAAAUGGCAAGCUCAGGACCUGGCCACGCCACACGCCUUCGCCCGGAACCCAUCCCUGGUGUGGGAGUUUUACCACUACCGGCGGGAGGUCAUGCUGAGCAAGGCCCCGAACCCCGGGCACCUGGCCAUUGCCCAGUGUGAGGCCCGGCUGCAUGGGCAGGGCCGACGUGUGAUGGUUAUCACCCAGAACAUCGACGAGCUGCAUCGAAGGGCCGGCACCAAGAACCUUCUGGAAAUUCAUGGUAGUUUAUUUAAAACUCGAUGUACCUCUUGCGGAGUCGUGGCUGACAAUUAUAAGAGUCCCAUUUGUCCGGCUUUAGCAGGAAAAGGGGCUCCAGAUCCUGAAGCCCAGGAUGCCAGAAUCCCAGUUGAGAAUCUUCCUCGGUGUGAAGAGGCAGGCUGUGGGGGCUUGCUGCGGCCCCACGUGGUGUGGUUUGGUGAAAACCUGGAUCCGGCCAUUCUGGAGGAAGUGGACAGAGAACUGAACCUCUGUGACUUGUGUCUCGUGGUAGGGACAUCCUCUGUGGUUUAUCCUGCUGCCAUGUUCGCCCCGCAGGUGUCGGCCCGAGGAGUGCCAGUGGCAGAGUUCAACAUGGAAGUCACCCCAGCCACUGACAGAUUCAGGUUUCAUUUCCAGGGGCCCUGUGGGACAAUUCUUCCCGAAGCCCUCGCUCCUCAUGAAAGUGAAACUGCUGCUUAAUUGUCCUGAGGAAGGAUGAAGCACCAAGGCCCUAGUACUGGACCACAGAGGAGUAACAGUUUUGCAUGGAGAAUGAGUUGAAAAAUAGAAGAUCUCAGAGUUGCCUGAUUCACUGGAAUCUAAAUUCGUUGAUAAGUGAUAAA